AGACACUUUAACAAGCUGUGUGCCAUUUGAGGGGGUGUCUUCAUUACGGCUUGUGAGGUGAUAAGGAUUUCUCUAUAAUGAGAUGGAUUCCAGGAAAGGCUCCCUUGGGAAAGAGAGUAAGGAGACUCUAGUUGCAGAUAAGAAGGAAGGAAUUGGGGCCUGUGGCUGGAUCCUGGUUUCUCUUUCAUUCCUGUUUGUGCUUAUUACCUUUCCUUUCUCCAUCUGGAUGUGCUUGAAGAUUGUCAAAGAAUAUGAGCGUGCUGUUGUAUUUCGGCUGGGACGUAUAGUGUCUAAAAAAGCAAAGGGACCAGGUUUGAUCAUGGUCCUUCCAUGUACGGAUGUUUUUGCCAGGGUUGAUCUUAGAACUGUUACCAGUAACAUUCCUCUACAAGAGAUUCUUACAAAAGAUUCUGUAACUACCCAAGUUGAUGGAGUGGUCUACUAUAAAAUCCACAGUGCUGUCUGUUCAGUGGCUAAUGUCACAGAUGUCCAUUUAGCCACCAACCUGCUGGCACAGACCACUUUGAGAAAUGUUCUAGGCACCCAAAGCUUGUCCCAGAUCCUGUCUGGUCGAGAAGAGAUUGCCCACAAUAUCCAGUCUAUCCUCGAUAAUGCCACCGGUAAAUGGGGAAUCCAAGUAGCACGUGUGGAAAUCAAAGACGUCAGGAUCCCUAUGGAGAUGCAAAGAGCUAUGGCUGCUGAAGCUGAAGCAACACGAGACGCUAGAGCUCAGAUCAUAGCAGCAGAAGGAGAAAGGAAUGCUUCCGAAGCACUGAAGCAAGCCUCCAUGGUGCUGGUCGAGGCUCCAUCAGCUCUCCAGCUGCGCUACUUGCAGACCUGGACCACACUGGCUACUGAGAAGAAUUCCACCAUUGUCUUUCCUCUGCCCAUGAAUAUUCUGCAGGGUUUUUAUAAACAAUAAUAGGACAAAACCAAAUGGUGACAAGGCUUUUUUACACCGAAUUAUUUAGUUUGGAGAGUUUUACAGGGAUUCAGGAGAGGCAAGCCUCUGCAGAUGAUCAGAAUUAGUGUAGAAAGUACACUUUGAUACCCUGCCUCAGGAAUAGUGUUAACUACACAGAGACAAUCACAAGCCAGAACACUGAAUCUGAAUGCCCCCAAAUUUCUGAGGGAUUCAAAAUUCAGACAUCCAAAUGUUGUGGUUCAAGCUCAUCUCUAGGUAAAAAAUAGAAGAGACUUUGUUAAAAUGCAGGUUAAACUUAAACUGUGAUGCUCGCUUUUGAUGUUACUUGAUUUUUACAGAGUCACUCGUUUAGCAGGUAUGUGGUGAUUUGUCUGCUCACCAGGAGCCUGCCUCUA